AUGUGUUUGAAGGAGAAGAAAAAGCAGCAGGAAGUUGAGGUUCCUGCCGAAGACAGUGCCAGGAGAACAGCGUCAUCCUUUUGUAUGGGUGUGUGCAAGACGGAAGAAUCACCGAUGCCAUCACCCGAGUGCUAUGAAGCCGAAGCAGCUUCUGAAGAGGAGUCCGUCCUGCCCCAGUUGCCCUCUGUGGGCUCAGCACAUCAUAAGUUGGGCAGCUGCCAACCUUGUGCUUGGUUUUGGAAGCCACAGGGGUGCCUGAAUGGAGCUGCAUGCUUGCGAUGCCACUUGUGCCCAGCUGGAGAGAUCAAGCGGCGCAAAGGCGAGCUGAAGCAGAAGAAAGCACAAGCAGCCGAAGCUGCCAGCGUAGACGACCCAGCCACCCAGUUGUGUGACGGCGGUCCCACCGUGCCACCACCACCAUCAGCUCCAUGCCUCAACCUAACGGAUGUGGGGCUUCCACCAGCACCCUCCUGGACAGCGUCGGAUGCAAUCGACGCUUUGCCUUCAAUCGGCUCUCGGCUGCACGGCAGCGGCCAGUGCAAGCCGUGUGCAUGGUUCUGGAAAGCGGAGGGUUGUAGGAACGAAGCAGCUUGCGGCCACUGCCAUCUCUGUCCUUUGGGUGAAGCGAAAGCCCGGAAGCAGGCCAAGCUGGCCAUGAUCCGAGCCAAAGCCCAGGGAGAUGAAGAGCUCAAGCCAGAAAAUGGGCACUUGGGCCUGGGGCCCCAGGGGGGCCUGGGAGCCUCGGAGGUCAGACCCAUUGUAUUAACGCCAGCCCCAGCCUUGCUCUUUAACGUUUGCGAAGUGGCCCCGCAGCAGAGCAACCCAGCGCAGUUGCAGUCUUUAUCCUUCUUCCCGGGACAACCUAUGCAGUCCACAACAGUGCAACCACCCCAGCAAGUGCAAGUCCGUGUCCAACCUCAGUGUCACCAAGCCCCAGUUCCAUCCAUUCCACCGGUCCCACCCGUUCCCCAGUAUUGCUCUGCCCAGCUUGGACAGCAUCAGAACCUGCAGAGGCCCGUGCUUUUGGGCAACCCGCUGCCUGCUUUCCAACCGGCACAAAGCAUUGGAGGUUUGUGCAGCAGAAGUGGUCCUGACGGUUUGAAGUGUGUCCCGUACGAAGCGGGAGAACGGCGACAUCUUCCGCAAGAAUUCCCUUUGGGGAUUCUGCCCAGCGUGCCGCUUUAUCACCAGCCAGUUCACCCACCGAUGCAAGCGCUCCCAGCAGCCUUGCCAUCAGUUGGCUCUGCAUUGCAUGCAGAGGGAAAGUGCUCGCCGUGUGCAUGGUUUUGGAAGCCGCAGGGUUGUCGGCAUGGGGCCGGCUGUGGCCGAUGCCAUCUAUGUCCUGCUGGCGAAAUCAAGCAGCGCAAGAAGAGCAAGGCAUCCAAGGAUGUUGCAUCAGAUCCCUUGUGCUUUCCGGCUUCGCCCUUGAUCCUGGACUACCGACCUCCUUUAAAGAGGGUGAAGCGUAGCAUGGGGCACGAGAAAAUGGCUUCGUUGCAUCUCGGGCCUGAGUGUACACAGGAGGCGAAUGACUCAGUCUGCCUCUACAUGCCGCCAACGCCUGCCACUUGCGUGCCGCCCAGUGACGAGGAGACCGGCGAUGCAGACCAUGCUGCUGCCAGCUCGAGUACCCUUCCGUCCAAGGGAUCUUUGCUGCAUGGCACCGGCAACUGCAAACCUUGCGCUUGGAUGUGGAAAUCACAAGGCUGCCUGAACGGAGCCCUCUGCCUGCGGUGCCACCUGUGCCCUGCUGGAGAGAUAAAGAGGCGCAAGAAGGAGCAGCUGAAGAGGCUCACAGUUCCAAGGUGCAAAGACAAAGGCGAAGAGGAGGAGGACGAGGAGGAGGAAGAGGAGCAGGAGACAGCCAAUGCACUCAACGUGCUUCAGAUGGGAUCGAGCUCUUCGGUGAUCACUCCGUUGCUUUCGGCAACCUCACUGCCUCCGGUGCCGCCCCCUUUGUCGUCCCCCUCCGUGAACUUCCUCGAAGACGUCUUGCCACCUGCUCCGACCUGGGAAACCUUGAAGGAACAGGAGCCCCUGGCCUCCGUAGGUUCUGCUCUUCACGGAACAGGGAACUGCAAGCCUUGCGCAUGGUUCUGGAAACCGCAGGGCUGCCGGAAUGGAAGAGAUUGCGGGCACUGCCAUGUAUGCCCGCCUGGCGAGUCCAAGAUGAGAAGGCAGGUGAAGCUGGCGGCCCUUCGUGCGCAAGAGCCAGGGCCACAAGACGGAGAGGAAGUGGGCUCCGGCUCUGUUGAAGCCUUGCCUGAGCUCACGUGGAGGCCCCCGCCCGGCCUGGAGCUUGAACAGCCCCUGCCCCCGUGCCCGCCGCCAUCCAUGCCUCCAAGCUUGCCAAGCUUGCCUGAGCCUUUGGAUUUCUGGUGCAAGGCCAAGACGGGUGCAAGGACGGCAGGCAUCGUGCUGCAGCCGAUCGAGCGGCCCCCGGAGCAACUCGAAGGAGCCAUCGAUGCUCCGUCGCUAACCGAAACCGAGACCCGGGCCCCCGUGAUCGACUGGAGUUUACCCCUUCCAGACUCUCCAAAGUCCUGGAAGCCUCUGCCUCCGACAUUUCUGGGCAAAAGCUUCGGAGAGCGUCAGCUGUGGACUGACCACAUUGGCCAGAAGCUUGACAAGGCUCUUGACAAGCCCGAGGAUCCUAGUGAAGAGAGUGGUGUAAAGCGAACCUCUACCCUACGGCUGCCAGCUUUGGAUGGCUCCUGCCCACGAGUUCACUCUGGAGUAGCACUUGAACGUUUGCCCUCACAAGAUCUCGGUGCUCUGCAGGCAGAUGACUUGGCUGACCUACCGUCCGUGGGAUCCGUGCUGCAUGCGAAAGGUUGCUGCAGUCCGUGUGCCUGGGUCUGGAAGCCGCAGGGAUGCCACAACGGAAGAAACUGCGGUCGUUGCCAUUUGUGCCCACCAGGCAGUUUGAAACGUGAGCCGGGCAAUGGGGAUAGGGAUAUGGCAUAA